AUGAUGAAUCAGUGGCUACUGUUCCAGGCGCUGCUGUUCCCUGUGGUGCUAGCAGACUUGGGAGUGGAGUUGUGUACACGCAAAGAUGACGCAAAGGGCAUGGUGGAGGAUCAGGACAUGACUUUGGAGGAUGAUGCUGGCGCAGAAAGUGAAUCUGAGCGAUCGAGCUCUUCUUGCAGCUUUGACAUGGAAAAGAUCUUGGAGGUUGUGGCCAAGAUCCAGGAAAAAAAGAAUGAAUUUCCAACAGGUAUGGUUGGGACAGGAAAGAGCUUGCCAAUCACAACCAAGAUGGACUUGCCGGAUACCAGUGGCAAGCUACCAAAAGUUCUCAAGGUCUUGGAGAAGAUUCCCUGCCCUCCACCGGUGGAGAAGAUUGCUGUUGAGGAGCAAGAUGAACCAGCUUCCAAAACUGGAGGGCGCUCUGCCUUCCGCCCUCUUGGCUGCUGUGCUUACGACUUUGUCAACAUCGGAAAUACUUUGCGCAAUCGGGUGGUAUUGCUCUUCUGGCUUGCCUGUAUUUGCUCAGUUCGUUUCCUCCUGGAGCAACCAGCUGGCUCAGUGGUCCCAGAUAUGCCGCGUAUGCAAGAACUAUUUGGCCGCGCAGAAGUCUUCCGCGGUGGCUUCUGGAUGGGGGCCUUCCAAGGGCCAACUCCCAAAAGGCACAUGAUCUUUGCGAAUGAUUCUACGGUGAUCAUGACACUGGAGGUCAAGCCUCGCGAGCCUUUUGAGUGUGAUCCAGGUCUCACAGAUUGGGAACUCUUCAGAAAGCAUUGUUUGGACGAAGACUACAACCUUGAGGGCGAUUUGUGGUGUGAUGAACUGUACACUCUAUUCUACAAAGCGGACUCAACGAUGGACGACACAGAGGAUUUGCUGGACGCAGAACGGGUUGGUGAGCCGCCGUUGAAGAAAUCUCGACCAGCGCAGUUGAAGGAACGUGCUGAUAGCGAUCGUCCGGUGCAACCAGUGGUGGAUCCUGAUUGGGCUGACUGGGAAGUCUUGACUUCAGAUUCCUGUGGCUGGACCACAGCUUCAGAAGCACCGGAGGCACCUGAAGAUCUCGAGGAGGACCCUGAAGAGGAGGAGGUUCAAGAGCCUGAUCAAGAAAUGCCUGAAGCUCACGAACACGAAGUGCUAAGCCCUGUCCUAGAUGAAGUUGCAGGAGACUCGCAGUGCAGCCUGCACACUCUACUCCAAGGCCAACAGCAGAUGCUUCACCAGAUUGCGGAUGCAACCAAGGCCGUCCUGGAGUCUCAGAACACGCCGGAGUCAGAGCUUUACGCAACGCUUGGGGGAUCUGCUUCGGAGAUCUUUGUGGAGAACAUUGCUGCUGAGCUUGCCCGCUUGCUGAUCAGUAAGAACGUCACGCAGAAUAACAUGGGUUUGAACAACCUUGUGGGCGGUGCAGCUUCAGAUGCCGAGACCGUGCCUGGUGAGCUUGAAGUUGCACUGCCUCGAACUCCAUCGACCAUGAGAUACACUGCAGAUGAUUUGAAGAACAUGGAUGAGGAUACCAUCCUGGAGAAGUACGCCGCUGGCCUGGUUGACAUCAGCUUGAUCACUUCUACCAACUGCAAGAAACUCUACAUGCGUCUUCGCCGCCAUAUGGAUGACCACGCAGAUGAGGUUUCCUCGCCACAGAUGGUCAAGAUGUUCCAUGGCAAUUUGAAGGACCGCAGGAAUCUCCUCCACAGUUGGUUGAAAUCUGGUGAAGUGGCCUCCAAAUGCGAGUUUCAACUCAACAUCCAGCGGAGCUCACAGGAUGAUCUUGUCACUGAAGAGCAGGCAAAGAUUCAAGCCAUUAUCCAAAGCCAAGCUCCCAUUUUGGACCCGCAGUUCCCACACUUGAUGGAGGAGGUAGCAGGGCAAGCUCGAUUGCAAGCAGAUGGCCAUACCAUGAACGCUUUGGUGUCAGACCUGGCUCCCCAUCAGCCAACAUCAGCUACGCCUGUGGGUGUGCAACAAGCGCUUCUGGCUCUAGGCUCAACCCCUGCACCUGAUGCCCCUGAUGCUCCGAAACGACCAAAAGCCAAGGCGAAGGCGAAGGGAAAGGGAAAGACGCCUCCGGAACCUGAGGCCCCCAAAUCUUGGAAAAAGAUUUUGGAAGAUGCCAUCAGUGACCUAAAGAAGGAGUACUUGGGAUGCAGCUGCGCCAUGGAUUUGCCAAAGGGCAAUGAUUUGAGGACACAGCUGCAGGCUUGCAAGGUCCAGACUGGGGCGCUUUGGGAUGAGUUGAAGGAAGUUGACACCGAUGCCUUGGCCGAGAGGGACUUUGAGGUCUACUUGCAAAGGGCCACUGACCAGAUCACCAAGUCCAAGAUGUUGCGAGUGCAGGUGCGGGCCGUCUCGCUGGCUUUUGCCUUUGGAAGUGGAGACAUCUCCCAGAACUUUGCAGAGAGACUGGGCAGACUAGUUGGUUCCAAUACUUUUGGAGUGGCAAAAUCCAGAGCUCCAGAGCAGCGUGUUCAUCGCCGUGCUCAAAAACAUGGUCAUGCAUUUCCUUGCGACGUCACAAUGGUAGAGAUUCCCAUCAAUAGAGAUGGUGAAAUGGAGAUAGUUCCAUGGCCAAUGCUCCUUCCAAAGGAUGUCAUGAUGUCCAUGCUGAGUUCUGGAUAUAGUGAGAUGCUUCUGGGCAAAGGGGAUGCGCGGUUUGCAUACUGGCAAAAAGCAUUGCUGGACUACCCGUCAGACCAGAAUACGAUCAGGCCUGAGGAUUCAUUCCCCAUCUCCAUCUAUGGCGAUGAGGGCAGACGAAUCCGCGGCUAUGUCAUGAGCAUGAAGGGGGACUGGAAAUACUUGAAGCAGUCCAUGAACCUCGUCCGGCACAUGAACGCCCAGGAGGAACUGCGAGCUAAAGGCUUCGAUAGCUACAUCGUUCUGAAGUGGCUAUGCAGUGAACUGAAGGAUGUUCAGCACGACCGUUUCGAGAUCCUGGAGAGCAUGGUGACCUGCGCAGACGUUUUCAUCAGCGUCUUGUGUUGCGGGCCAGACUUUUUGGCUUUGGAAGACCAACGUACUCUGCAGGUCGUUGGCGAAGCAUUUUUGAAAGUCUACUUGGCCUGUGUGUACAGCCAUCCCACGAUUUAUAAACUCAGGUACUUGAUCCUCUUGAAGCAGAAGCUUCGUUUGUUCAGUGAGUGA